AUGCGUAAAAUUUAUAGUUGUGGAUUGACAUCAAGUUAUCAAAGUGGGCACUCCCAUGAUGAUGGAAAUUUCCAUCUUGUUAAAGUCAUUCAAGAUCAUGAUGCAGUUCGAAAAAUCUCAUGUGGAAGAUCACAUACAAUCUUCGAAACAAUGGAUGGGCAAAUAUUUGCUUUUGGUCGAAAUGACUAUUUCCAAUGUGCUGUUGGGCAAGAUGGUGACAUACAAAUACCAAAACCAUGUUUAUUUAAACCAAAUAACAUUCAAGUGUAUCAACCCUACAUGUUCAGCACAGGAUGGUUUCAUUCUGCAUUCAUUUCAUCCGAUCAGAAGAAUGUAUAUUUUGCAGGUUAUUGCUCGCACAUUUCAAUUUCCAAAUCGUAUAUCAAGGUAUUUCACAAUAUUUCUUCAUUGAUUACACAAUUAGGUCCAACCCAAAAAUUCACACAUGUUGGAAGUGGUGAUCAUGUUUUUAUGGUUGUGGUUGAUAACAAUCAUUUAUAUUCUAUUUCUAGCACUAUUUCUCAUGUGGAUAUUUUGAAAACAACAGGCCAAGCACUAAAAGAGGUGAGAAUGGAAAAAGGUGGUGUUGCUUUCUGCACGACAUCUGGAGCAUUAUACGUUCGAGAAUAUUCUGGAAAUUCAAGUUCAACGUUCGUACGUGAUCACUCAGUUCUAAAUUUAAAUUCAAGUUCAGUUGGAGUACUAAGCUUCAAAUCUGAAAAUUUGCGACAAACGAUUAUUGACAACACCAGAUAUCCUUUCGAGUAUGAUGUCUAUCCAUCCUUUUGUUCACAUUUUGCAUACAAUCCACAAACAAGAACUCUUACUGCAACUGGUAGUAAUAAUGAUCGACAGUUGGGAGUUUAUGGCAAUGGAUCUGCGAAGGAUGAACCCGUGACAUCGAUCAACAAGCUUCUCAAAGAAAAUCCUUCAUGGAAAUUAUUAAUUUUAGCUCCCGGUUGUGAUUUCACAAUGAUCAUGCUCGGUCAGGAUUGGGAACAAACGAAAGAAGUCCUUCGAUUUAAGGCAUGCCUUUUCAAGCAACUCUCUGAUCAUUGGGAAAGGCUGUCAGAUGUCCAAUUCCAAUGUAGACAAAAUUUUUAA